CACAAGUGCGCAGUUAUUUCCCAGACUGGUCGAAACAAUUCGUCCAAUCAGCUUUAUAUUGCGCGUGCUGCAAAGAUCUGAAAACAAACAAGAGAAAAUGUCCAACGAUAUUCCCAUGGUUGAUCUAGCUGAUAUAGGAUUGCAUCAUUUGGAUAAACCGCGGGAAAGUACCGUUGAUCGAGUAGCCAACGAACUGGAUUCAGCUUUUUCUACCGUUGGAUUUGUUUACCUGAAGAACCACGGCGUCGAACAACAAACGAUUGAUAAUGUAUUUCAAGCUUCCAAAUCGUUUUUUCAAUUACCGGAUGCCAUAAAAGACGUUUACAGAUGUGGUAAGCCUGACAGUGAAUCUGACGGAUACACAGGGAAGGACCAAGAAAUUUUGGAUGUCAGCAGUCUGCAUGAAAUAAGAGAGUCAUACGAUGUUGCUUCACCUGACGGAAUUUAUCCGGAUCAACACGCUCCUGAAUUCCGUAAAGCCAUUAACAAAUUGGCUCCGCAGUUGAGUGAACUCACGACCCGACUUUUAAAAUGCAUGGCUCUUGCCUUAGAUUUGGAGGAGGAUUUCUUUAGUAGCCGUCAUCAGUUCAUGUUCCACGGAGCAGAAAGGAAUCGGACAAUAUUCAGGUCGCUUUACUACCCCACGUUAUCCGACACGGACAUCCAGCCCGGGGUAGUAAGGUGUGGUGCGCAUUCCGAUUAUGGAGCCAUUACUCUUCUUCUCCAAGACGAUAUGGGUGGACUAGAAGUAUUAUCGAAGGGAGAAUGGAUACCUGCCACUCCUAUUCGAGGCACAAUUUUAGUCAAUCUGGGAGAUCUCAUGCAGUUUUGGACGUCUGAUCGUUACGUUGCCACAGUCCAUCGCGUUCUCGUCCCAGAAGAAGAAGUUCGACGUCGUUCCACUCGCCAAUCCAUCGCCUUUUUCGUACAUGCUGAUAACGGUGUAAUGAUUUCACCGAUAGAUGGAUCUGAGAAACAUAUUCCUGUAGAAGCUUUGGCCUACUUGAAAUCUCGCAUAUCUGCUACAUACAAAUGAUUCGCGAAUCUCUAACCCUUCGAAAAUUCGGCUACAAACUAUUUUAGGACAAUCAAGGAAGAAGCACCCAGAAGCAAUCAAUAAAAAAGUAGGUUGAAAGAGCAUUACUAUUUCAAGGGGGUAAAGUUGAUUUUGCUUCAGACUUUUUUUUUGCCAUUGUAGUAGUUUCUCUACUAGGCUACGUCCUGUAAAUGCACGUUUAGUAUCGCAUCGAAUAUACUAUCAUCGAUGGAAAUCGUACAACGUAUUUCCUACGCUUUAAAAUAACCCGCCAUCUUUGAUGGUACUACACUGGUCAAUAAAUGAUGCAAACUUAAAUCUC